AUUCCGAUUAAACGAGAUGCUGCUGCGCACCUUCCCCUAACCAACAUGGCGACACCGGGCUUGUAGCUUCCUGCAUUGGGCAUUGCGCCUGCGCCCCUGGCACCGAGUCAGCUGCUGCAUUGUUGUUUUCCCAGUCGGCUGUAGCGGAGGACUGGUCAAGAUGUCUGGGUUAUUUGAGACGUUACGCUGCUCAGAGUGUAUAGACUGGGGUGAGAAGAGGAACACAAUCGCAUCCAUUGCAUCUGGUGUUCUUUUCUUCACAGGCUGGUGGAUUAUCAUCGAUGCUGCUGUUAUUUAUCCCUCUCAAACACAGCUGAAUCACGCAUAUCAUGCCUGUGGGGUGAUAGCCACUGUAGCAUUCUUAAUGAUAAAUGCAGUGUCCAACGGACAGGUACACGGUGACGGUUAUAGUGAAGGAUGUAUGGGUCAAACAGGUGCUCGUAUUUGGCUGUUCAUCGGCUUCAUGUUGUCUUUUGGUUCUCUGAUUGCAUCUAUGUGGAUAUUGUUUGGCGGUUAUGUGGCUAAAGGUAGCCAGGUGGUGUAUCCCGGGCUAGCCGUAUUUUUUCAAAACGCUUUUAUCUUUUUUGGGGGACUGGUUUUCAAGUUUGGCAGGACUGAAGCUUUAUGGCAGUAGCAUAUACCAGCAGUCUAGGUCUUCUUACGUCUUUUCUAAUGCACAUUCCUCCUAGUAAUGCUAUGUAACAGAGUUAUUAGACCAAAACCUUUGUUAUUCAUGGACGUUGGAUAAAUACAGCAGUGAAACCUUAAUAAAAAAAUACAGGAUAUUGCACUUUUAGCUUAAAACAGAUGUUUUUGGAUUUGUAUGUAUGGAUUUUAUAAGUUGAAUAAACAUUUAAUAAAAAUAAAUACUAAUGUUAAA